UAAGAAAUUAGGUUUGAACUUGUCUUCUUUGCUUCGUUCUGGCUGUCUCGCUGCUUGAUCGGAGAAGGAUCUGCCGAAACCUUUGCGCUUCUUUUUCGGUACGAGGACAAGGGAGGUAACAUGCGUCGAUUUGCUGCGGAUAGAGCGAAAAGGCUGCUCUUUCGGUCCUUGUUCUCGUCUGCUGCGACACCAUCCGCGCCUUUUAGUUCGUCACCUGCCGCCGCCGCAGCCGCCGCCAUAGAUUCCGCCGCAAGAUCUGUGACUGUCGAUACUAUCAACCCUAAGGUUCUAAAAUGUGAGUAUGCUGUUCGUGGUGAGAUUGUUAGUCAUGCCCAGCGGUUACAGCUGGAGCUUCAAACUAAACCAGGGUCUCAUCCCUUUGAAGAGAUACUGUACUGUAAUAUUGGAAAUCCUCAGUCUCUUGGUCAGCAGCCGGUUACAUUUUUCCGCGAGGUUCUUGCCCUAUGUGAUCAUCCAUCUCUUCUGGACCAAAGUGAAACUCAUGCCUUAUUCAGUGCUGAUGCAGUAGAAAGAGCAUGGAAAAUCUUAGAUGCAAUCCCUGGUAGGGCUACAGGAGCAUAUAGCCAUAGUCAGGGGAUCAAAGGCUUAAGAGAUGCAAUUGCUGCUGGAAUUGCUGAACGUGAUGGUUUUCCUGCCAAUCCAGAUGAUAUCUUUCUAACAGAUGGAGCAAGUCCUGCGGUGCAUACGAUGAUGCAGUUGUUAAUCAGAUCUGAGAAAGACGGCAUUCUCUGCCCCAUUCCUCAAUACCCUUUAUACUCUGCCUCUAUUGCUCUUCACGGUGGCUCUCUUGUUCCAUAUUACCUUGAUGAAUCGACAGGCUGGGGCUUGGAGAUUUCAGAGCUUAAGAAACAACUGGAAGAUGCCCGAUCCAAGGGCAUCACAGUUAGGGCACUAGUAGUGAUAAAUCCAGGCAAUCCCACUGGGCAGGUUCUUGCAGAGGAAAAUCAAAAGGACAUAGUUGACUUUUGCAAGAACGAAGGAUUAGUUCUUCUAGCAGAUGAGGUGUAUCAAGAAAACAUCUAUGUCGAGGACAAGAAAUUCAACUCUUUCAAGAAAAUUGCUAGAUCCAUGGGGUAUGAUGAUGCACACCUUUCAUUAGUGUCGUUCCAGUCAGUUUCUAAAGGUUACUAUGGAGAAUGUGGAAAGCGAGGAGGAUACAUGGAGGUAACUGGUUUUAAUGCCGAAGUGAGAGAACAAAUUUACAAGGUGGCAUCUGUAAAUCUCUGCUCUAAUAUCUCUGGCCAGAUUCUCGCUAGUCUUGUCAUGAACCCUCCGAAGGUUGGAGAUGAAUCAUACGAAUCUUUCGAUGCAGAAAAAAGUGGGAUUCUUUCAUCAUUAGCCCGACGUGCGAAGGCCUUAGAGGAUGCAUUUAACAGCUUGGAAGGUGUUACAUGCAACAAGGCUGAGGGUGCAAUGUAUCUAUUCCCUUGUCUGCAUCUACCGAGCAAGGCAAUUGAAGCUGCCAAAGCAGUCGAUGCCGUACCAGACGCUUUCUAUGCUCGCCGCCUUCUUGAUGCUACUGGCAUCGUCGUCGUACCUGGAUCCGGAUUCGGGCAGGUCCCUGGAACAUGGCAUAUAAGGUGCACAAUCCUGCCACAAGAAGAUAAGAUCCCAGACAUAAUCUCCAGGCUGGGGGCAUUUCAUGAAUCAUUCAUGGAGGAGUUCUGCGAUUGAGCCGCGACCACUUCCACUACUGCGACUGCCGUCUUCAAGCUCUGAUUUUCAAGGAAUUAUUCAGUUUUAUCGUCAUCUUGUUGAAAUAAAACUCAUCGUCCAUCCAUGUAUUUCCUUCAUUGGAUGGCAAUAGGAUGUUAUUUAUGGUUUUAGGGUUUCAGAAAAAUACAAUAAGGAGACUGUUGUUAUGAACCUCUGACUUUAAGAGAGAUUUGUGGAUAUUAUACUGGAUCCAACAAUUAGUUCUGUUGUAUCAUUGAAUUCUGGAAUGGAAUUGAUAUUAAAUAAAA